UAAGUUAAUCAAACUCUCUCUCUCUCUCUCUCUCUCUCUCUCUCUCUCUCUCUUUCAAUCUCUCUAAAGCUCUAUCUCUCCCAAUCCAAAAGGCCUUUGUGUUUCAAUCAAUCAGUUCCUCCGGCCAUUUAAGGGAAUGGAUGUUAAAGGGAGAGGUCGCGGCUCCUCCAUUCAAAGCGAGGAAGAUCAGACGGACCUCAGGAGAGGUCCAUGGACUGUUGAUGAGGACUUCACACUCAUGAAUUACAUUCAUCGUCACGGCGACGGUCGCUGGAACUCCCUUGCUCGCUGCGCCGGUUUGAAACGAACUGGGAAGAGCUGCAGAUUAAGGUGGCUCAACUAUCUUCGCCCGGAUGUUCGACGUGGAAACAUCACCCUAGAAGAACAGCUUUUGAUUCUUGACCUUCAUUCUCGUUGGGGAAACCGCUGGUCCAAAAUUGCACAACAUUUGCCAGGACGAACCGAUAACGAGAUCAAGAACUACUGGAGAACCCGUGUCCAAAAGCACGCCAAGCAGCUCAAAUGUGACGUGAACAGCAAGCAAUUCAAGGACACCAUGCGUUACCUUUGGAUGCCAAGGUUAGUCGAGCGUAUUCAAGCCGCUGCCGGCGCCACUACCGCCAACGGAACAUCUUCCGUUGGCUCAGCCACCUCUUCCAUCACCGCCAACAAUAACCUUGACGUGAACUCCGGCCAAAUGGUUUUACCGCUCUCCGAGGUUAUUAAUGUUGGCCAUCACGAGUUUGGCGGUGCACAAGUUACUCCAAGUUACACCCCGGAGAAUUCUAGCACUGCUGCCUCGUCGGACUCAUUUGGGGCUCAGGUAUCGCCGGUGUCGGACUUGACUGAUUAUUACAAUAUCCGGGCGGUUAAUAACAACCCUAGCCAAGAGUAUUUCCAGGCUGGUCAGGUUGGCUACCCGGAUCAGACCUUAACUAGCCCAUCUGGGUACUUCAAUAAUGGAUUAGAUUUCCAAGCUGUGGAGCAGAAUAACCAGUGGUUGGACGGCGGGGACACAUCGGACAAUUUGUGGAAUGUUGAGGACAUCUGGUUUUUACAGGAGCAGCUCAACUACAACAACAACAACAACAUUUGAAAUGUGAAAAAUAAGGAAACAGAGUGAAAAUUACAUGUAGAAAGAAAAAGAAGAAAAAAAAAACAUGGGGGGAAAGAGAAAAAGACUCGAGAAAUUAAUUAGAAUAAUUAAUUUAGGAUACAUAUAGGUUUGUGAAAGACAAGAGCUCUAAUUGUGGAUUAUUAUUUAGUUUGUAUCUUGUAAUCUUUAAUCUUUGUUCUUUUUUUCAUUUGUACGUUCUACUUCCGGGGUGGGGAGAUUUUUAAUUGAGAUUUAUUUUAAUCUCAUUCUUUGAAAUUGACAUUAAUGUAGUGUUUCUUUUCUC